AUGUCGCGCGUGGAUGUCUUCCUCGACGCCGUGGAUUCAAAGUACCGCGCCGGGGACGUCGUGCGCGGAGAGGUGGUGGCGACGAUCGAGCGAGAGGACGCACCGUUUAAUCAUCAAGGCGUCGUCGUCACCGCGUGUGGGAGCGUGGCGAUGCGCGUGGGUGAGGGACGGGUGACGAUGUUGGAGGCAUUGUUCACGUCGGUCGAUCCCGUGAGCGUUCUGGACGUGCAGUCGGUGUUGGCGCCGCCGGGACGGUUGGCCACGGGGGUGCACAAAUUUCCAUUCUCGUUCCCGUUGCGCGCGUUUCCGGCUUCGAUGCCCGUGUACGAGACGUUUCACGGGCAGAACACGCAGGUGGUGUACGCGAUCGAUGCGGAAGUCGCGCGGCCGAUCUUGCGGGGGGGGUCGUUGACGACGGGGAUGUGCGAGUUCUUGGUGGAGUCGACGCCAGAUGAGGAGGACGCGGAAAACGUCCGGGCGAGCGGGAGGGUGGAAUUCGAGAUCACGGAGGAACAGCAGGAUUUAGGGCCCGCACCGGGAGCGUUGGCGACUGAGGGGUUUCUCGUACGCGGAUAUUUCGAUAAGACGAGCUGGUUCUUGGAGGAGGCGAUCACGGGGGCGCUCACGGUGGUGCGCUCGGCGGCGCCGCUCAAAGCCAUCGAGAUUGAGCUCUGUCGCAUCGAGGGGUGCACGACGAGCGAAGGGCAGGCGUUGAGCGAGACGUCUCCGGUGCAGUUCACGCAGGUGGCCGACGGGGACUGCGCGCGGGGGACGGAGAUUCCCAUACACUUUGUCAUCCCACGCCUGUUCACGUGUCCGAGCGUGCAGGCAGCGACGUUUAGCAUAUCUUUCAUGUUGCGCGUGCUCUGCGUGUUCGAGCCGAUCAAUCCAGGAAAUAAGGAACCGGUGGCGGUGCGUGCGAUCCCCAUUCAGCUCUAUCGCGGUGGUCCGAGCGUGAAACCGAAAGCGCUCGAGUUGUAA